GGGGGGUCAGGGGUGACCUGGAGUGUCCCCCCCCCGCAGAUGGCAGCCUGUACUCGGCCACGGUGGCCGAUUUCCAGGCGAGUGAUGCCGUGAUCUACCGCAGCCUGAGCCCCGGCAGGGCCCCCCUGCGCACCCUCAAAUACAGCUCCCGAUGGCUCCAGGAGCCCCACUUCGUGCAGGUGCUGCCCUACGGCCCCUACGUCUACUUCUUCUUCAGGGAGGUGGCGGUGGAGCUCAGCGCCCUGGGCAAGGUGCUGGUGGCGCGGGUGGGCCGCGUGUGCCGCAAUGACCGGGGCGGGUCCCCGCGGGUGCUGGAGCGGCGCUGGACGUCGUUCCUGAAGCUGCGGCUGCACUGCUCCGUGCCCGGGGACACCGUCUUCUACUUCGACGUUCUGGAGGCCGUGACCCCCCCCCGCACCCUGCACGGCCGCCCCGCCGUCCUCGCCCUCUUCGGGACCCAGCCCAACAGCAUCCCCGGCUCGGCCGUGUGCGCCUUCUACCUGGCUGAUGUGGAGAGAUCCUUCGAGGGGCCCUUCGCUGAGCCCAGGGGGGCCUCCUGGACCCCCGUGCCCGAGGACAGGGUCCCUCAGCCCAGGCCGGGCUGUUGUGCCGGGAUGGGACCUGCCAGUGGCAUUGUCACCUCCGGGGACUUCCCCGAUGAGACGCUGGCUUUCGCCAAGGAGCACCCGCUGCUCCACGGGGCACUGGGACCCGCGGGAGGGCGGCCCCUCUUCACCCAAACCGGCACCAGGCUGACCCAGCUGGCCGUGGACGCGGGCGCGGGGCCCCGCGGGGAUCACACCGUGCUCUUCCUCGGCGCCGAGGACGGGCGGCUGCUGAAGGUCCUGGCGGGCACACGGAGCCCAGAGACCACCCGGCCCCCCGCGGGCACCCCGGGCCCUGGGGACACCCCCGGGGCUGGGGACAGAGGGGACAGAGGGGGCAGCGGGGACACGGCGCUGCUGCUGGAGGAGAUCAGCCUCUACGAGCCCGGGCG